AUGAAAACAGAAAGCAAUGAUCCAUUUUAUGAAGCGGAACGGGAAGUCAAUAUUUCUGUAAAAAAAUUACAGCACAUGUAUAGCAACUGGAAUAGCUUACCUGAUAAAAAUUCAAUCCUAGCAAAAGAAAAGUACUACUUAAUGAAAGAUGAGAUAAAAUACUUAAAUAAAGAUGUUGAUGAUUUAGAGAAUUCAAUUGAUGUUGUUAAAAAAAACACACAUAAAUUUAAUAUUAGCCCUGAAGAAAUAGAAAAUAGAACAAAAUCAUUAAAAAAUAUUCGCUCCAUUCUAAAUGAUGUUGCAUCGGAUUUAACAAAUACGGUUUUGAGCCCUAAUAAUUAUAUGAUGGAUAACUAUAACAACAUUGGAAUAAACAAACAGAACGAUGACUUAGAAGAAUUAGCAGAAUCUGCGGAAAGAUUACAUAAUGCCGCCAUUACAAUAAAUACAGAAUUGAAAGACCAACAACGGCUUCUUGACGAACUGGAAAGCGAAAUGGACAAUUCAAAUGAAAAAAUGAAUUUUGUCACAAAAAAAAUAUCCGAUUAUUUGCAAACAAACAAUCCCAAAAUUUUAUCAUUAAUACUUUACCUAACUGGAAUAUCUUUUUUUUUGUUAUUUGUCUUAGUGGUUUCAUAA